AGACAAACUUCAUAUUUCGAUCGAGCCAAACAGAAAUGACAGUAAAACGUUGAAUAGCAGUACACUAUAAAAUUUCCUGACCGAAGCAGAAUGGAGAAGUUGCACCAACUCCGCUACUAAAUUCACAAUCCUUCUCCAUUAAUACACUCUCGCCAAUCGCCGGCGAAUGACCUGGAUAAUCCUUUAGCGAUGGGAUGGGCAAUAGCUCUUCACGGCGGCGCCGGCGACAUCCCCCACUCAUUGCCACCUGAACGCCGCCAACCGCGCGAGGAAACCCUCCGCCGUUGCCUGCAGAUCGGCGUUCAAGCUCUCAAAUCCCAGAAGCCUCCUUUGGAUGUAGUUGAACUCGUGGUACGAGAACUCGAAAACUGUCCACAUUUCAAUGCAGGUAGGGGAUCUGUCUUAACAACCAAGGGAACCAUCGAAAUGGAAGCUAGCAUCAUGGACAGUACGAAGAGAUGUGGAGCUGUUUCUGGGCUCACCACUGUUGUUAAUCCCAUAUCUUUAGCUAGACUUGUUAUGGAGAAAACUCCUCAUAUAUAUCUAGCAUUUGAUGGAGCUGAGGCUUUUGCAAGGGAACAAGGAGUGGAGACCACUAAUUCAAGCCACUUUAUCACACCACAGAACAUUGAAAGGCUAAAACAAGCUAAAGAGGCAAACAGAGUGCAGAUUGAUUAUACGCAACCACUUCCACAAGCCACAGAACAAGAAACUGAGAACGCAAAUGGUGAUAGUCAAAUAGGGACUGUUGGAUGUGUAGCUGUUGAUAACCACGGGAAUUUAGCUUCUGCAACUUCCACUGGUGGAUUAGUGAACAAAAUGGUUGGUAGGAUUGGCGACACUCCAUUAAUAGGGGCUGGGACAUAUGCUAACCAUCUUUGUGCAAUUUCUGCAACUGGAAAGGGCGAAGCCAUCAUACGCGGUACCGUGGCGAGGGAUGUUGCAGCUCUAAUGGAGUUCAAGGGCCUGUCUCUUGAAGAAGCAACAGCCUACGUUGUUGAAAGUGUUCCCAAAGGCAAUGUCGGUUUGGUUGCUGUAUCCGCCUCAGGUGAAGUUGCCAUACCUUACAAUACGACCGGAAUGUUUCGAGCUUGUGCAACUGAAGAUGGUUACUCUGAGAUUGCCAUAUGGUCUUCUAAAAAUGACUGAAUGAAUAUUGUGACAAAUCCAGAGCUGAAAUUUGGUUCUAUUCUGAUGUUUUGAUGGUUGGUGUCUCUCAGCUUUUGUUGUUUUUCCUAAAUAUUAAGAAUAGUCUUCCAAAUGUUCUUCCAUUUCAUGUAUUUGGUUCAAUUUCAAUGGCAAGAUAUUCUCAAUUAUUAGUUAAACAUAAGUACAAGAUAUUUUCUCCUCCCUACAUAUAUACUUAAAAUUUUCUACCCA